AUGGCGCUCCUCGCAGGCUUCGCGGGCCUUGUCGGCGCCGCCCCUGCCCCAGUAGCGGUAGCCGCACCAGACCUCAUUGCACCGCCCUCCGGCACCGAUACGGGCAAUUCGCUCUGUCUCAAGGGAUUUCUGGCGUCGUCGUGUCCUGGUCGAUGGAAUGAGAAGGAUCGGAGCUGCUGUAUCUCGGAUGAUUGA